UGCGUUCAUAUUGACAACAUGGCAUCCGAAACGUUACUUGAAACAGUUCGUCCUGCAGCAAACUCCCAGGUUCCAGAGCCAAGAAGCGGGCAUAGAUGUGCAGCUGAUGAUGGAAAUAUGUAUGUUUUUGGAGGUUAUUCUCCACAUAACGAAAAUUUCCUUUACCGUGAGUUAUGGCGCUUCAAUAUCGCUACCAAAACAUGGCACUGCGUAAAUACUACCGGUCCCUUUCCGAAUGAGGUAGCCUCAAGUUGUCUUGUCUAUGACAAAGGAAACCUCAUCGUCUUUGGUGGAUCUGGAGUUCCUUUUGGCGAGAGUAAUAGCAAAAAGCUUCACGUGUGCUCUUUGAGGAGACAUCAGUGGUUUGAUCUCACGAAAACUUAUUCUGAUAAGGAAGAAAGUGAUGGGGAAGGUGUUUCACCGAUUGCUGGUUAUGGACAGAGUAUGGUUUUGUCCAGGGACAAGGAAUUGUAUGUUUUUGGUGGUACAACGGGACUAGAAUUCAACUCGUAUUUAUAUCGUUACAGCUUCUCCAAUCACACUUGGGAGUAUGUGAAAAGCCAUAAUCCUCCUGUGCCCCGAUACAGACAUGAAUCUGUUUCCGACGGCGAAAGGUUUUAUGUAAUCGGUGGUGGAAUGAGCAAUCGAGACCCCGCAAUUUUCUUCCAGUUGGAGAAAAUUCAGUCCUUUAACUUUGGUUCUAAACAAUGGGAGGAGCAUGUUUGCUAUCCUUCCCGAACUCAUGGUUUUCCUAAGCGUAGAAGAUGUCAUGGUUGUGUAAUUUUUAAUUCAGUUGUGUACAUUUGCGGAGGUUAUGACGGGUCGAACAUUUUUGAUGAUAUAUGGAGCCUUGAUCUAGCGACGUUUCAAUGGAAAAAACACCACAAGGUUCUGCCUUACCCUGUUUACUUUCACUCGGCUGCAGUUACUCCGUCAGGCUGCAUGUAUGUGUUUGGAGGUGUGAAGACCAUCAAUUCUAAUGAAGCCACCAGGUCAAAUGAUGUUUUUAGACUUUGUAUAGCUUGGCAGCCUCUUGUGGAAAGAUGCUGGGAAGUUGUCACAAGUUGUCUUCAAGGCAAAAGAAAUUUCCAUACAGAUCUUAAGAAUCUUGGUGUUCCGCACCAUUUCUUAGAGAGGCUGAAAUAAUAUACAUACUUCUUACUAACUUUGUAAGAGAUCUGUACUGAAAGUUAGAGACCAAAUUUUUUCUGCUCAAUUUUAUGACCCUGGAGCAAAGCAAACCAUAUGUCUGAGUGGGAAAAAAAACAAGAUUCCUUAGCUGACAAUAGAGACUGAGAAAAUAAGGUUAGUAGUAUCUCUAUUAUAUCUCUAGGUUCAAAUAGAGAGGGUAGAUCUCAAUUACCGGUAAAACAAGCUUUUGAAUUUAGUAGGCUGUAGAGUUAAAUACAGCUUACUAAUUGUAAGACAAAUUGUAGUGCAUUUAGUAAUAGAGAGAUGUAAUAAUUGACACGAUACAGUACAUGUAUAUAAUCCACUAUGUUAAUUCACCAAAAUGGAAAGUGACCAACAUGCAUAAUUUAUAAUAAAGUUCGGAUAUAACGCAUGCUGUCAUUUGUUGAAAGAGCAUGCUCUAUGAGAGUAUAGAGCAUAGAACUGAGCUAAAGCUGUCAUGCCAUCUCCCAAAUUGUAAUGUUUGACCUUUUGCGGGACUUUUUUUUAGCUUUUUUCAAUAAUUGAAAGUGAAAUUUCAAAACCAGCGAGCUGGCAAGUAGCAACAGAAGAACCAAACAAACGUUUGUAAAAAUACCAGGUGCUGUAAUUUAUGUUAUUAAAACAUGAGCAGAUAGGAAAAUCCUCAAAGGAAAAACAAAAUAGACAUUCCAAGUUUUAAACAUUUUCAUGUUCAGUUAGAUUGCAAGCUUACAUACGGUAAUAAAAAUCAAACAGCUAACACUCAUAUAGUAUAUAAAGUUCAGUGUUCAAAAACAAAACAGAACAAAACAGAAAUGAUGAAAAAUAUAACCAAACUGGCAUAACUGUUAAAAUUCAUACUAAUCAUAACGGUGUCAAAGCGAAUAUGAUCAUGCUGAAGUCCAUUGCGGCUUGCUCAUCAUGACGAUCUCUGGUCAUAACUACAGUAAUCCCUGUCAUCCCGAGCGAUCUUCAUGUUCUGGUGAAUUCGGCUGUCGUUCAUUCAAAAAACACUCGCCUUGCACAGUUUGUUUUCUACCUUGUCGUAUGAAAAAACUUGCGUGUUUUUAUGAGCUGUUUUUUUUAUUUUUUUGUUUUUUAUUCAGCUGAAGUUCACUGAACAUUUCACUUCAAGAUUCUAUACUAGAGACAUAGAAACUUCAGGCAAAAGUGUUAAAUUCAACUUGCCAAACUAUUUAGUUUGUAAACUAUCGCAGAUUGUGAACUUUGAUGGUUUUUUAACUUUGAUGGUUUGACACUUUUGACAGCUUUUGUCUUGUACAGCCAAUCAGAUUACUUGAACCAUUCUAACAGGGAUUCUGAUUGGCUUAUUGUAGCAUGCUUUAUGAGAGUAUAGAGCAUGCUGAUGACAUUGUUGUUCGCUUUGAAAAUAAAGUUUGUUUUGAAAAUUGAAAGUAAUUCUUGGGGAAUUUAAUGAAUUCUUUAUUAUAAAACAAAUAGAGAAGCCUUGACUGUGCUCUGUUCUGUUGUAAAGCACUUAGGAAGCGGCUAGAGCACUCAAGAAGUGGGGGAAACACUCAACUAUGUCUCGUGUUUCUCCCUACACUUCUUUCAUACUCUAGCUGCUUCCUGCAUGUUCUAUAACAGAACAGAGCACAGUCAAGGCUUCUCUAUUUGUUAAAUAAAUCAUAGUUCUAAGCUUCCUUACUUAUAAGCUUGCUAGUUUCAAGCUCAUCUAUUAGUAAAAAAACAUUUUAUUCUGUUCUCAAAGAUUUGAGUCAGCCAAAAACAGGGAACAACAUUUUUUUAAAACCACAAUGGUAUAGGCAGGAUUUUAGAGGUAUUUAAUCUUGUAAUUUGGAUGAGUCAGGGUUUGCUUACUUUCAAGAGGGCCACAGCUCAAGUUAGAGGUAUACUUUUGUAUAAUGGUGUUGCAUACACCAAUUGCAUACCUCUCCUCUACUGAGGUACUACUGCAUAUGUUGUGGCAACAGUACAUUAAAAAAAAUAUUACUAUAAUUUUUGCAUAAGCCAAGUCCUUAUCUAACCAUUAGCUAAAACAAACAUGUGGUAUAGAAAGGUUGAAUGAAGGGAAAUA